UGGAACAAGGAGGUUCAUGAUGCUGCAAGAAAACAAAUUUGCAAGUUUUGGUACUUUUGCAACAUUCCAUUUAUUGCAGCCAGGUAAUUCUUUUUGAUUUGAUUGCUUUAAGUUUAAAAGUAAAUUUAUAGUUUGAAGUUGAACUCUACUUUGUCUAAUCAUAAUCUAUUUGUGACAGGUCUCCUUAUUGGCAAGGCAUGGUAGAUUCCAUAACCAUUUGUGGUGCGGGGUUUAAAGCCCCUACCGAUGCUAAGUUAAGUGGCCCCCUCUUGUUACAAAUGGUUGAGGAUAUGAAAGUUGAGCUAGAGGACCACCGACAGUCUUGGAGCCAAAAGGGUUGCACCAUCAUGACAGAUGGUUGGACGGAUAGGAGGAAUAGAACACUCCUAAAUUUUCUUGUUUCCUGCGGAGGAUCCACCAUGUUCUUGAAAUCUAUUGAUGCUUCCUCACAUGUGAAAAAUGCCACAUACUUAUGUGAGGCUAUUGAGGAAGUCAUACAAGAGGUGGGGGAAGAAAAUGUGGUGCAGGUGGUGACAGAUAAUGCAGCAAGUUAUGUUGCUGCAGGUAAAUUUUGAACUUUUCAAGUCUUGAUGGAGAGGCAUCUAUGAUUAUUUAAAAUUUUCUUAACACAUCAAAAUUUCUAAUUAACU